AUGUCAUCGUUUUCCCCUAACAAACCAUUCCAUUCCUUUUCACAGCCGCCGCCGUGCCGCUGUACAGCACUGCUUGCUGCGCACCUCGUGCGGAGCGCAGAGCUCGCUUCGCGCCAAGCGCAGGCCUCAGGCUGGCACGACUACUUGGGCCUCUACGAGCGCCUGAUUCUGCACUUGCCCUUGACGGCGGACGUCCUGGAGUUCGGCGUGCGGAUGGGCUCCUCCCUGGCCAUGUGGUCGGAGUACUUCCCUUUGGGCCACGUGGUAGGCAUCGACAAGAACUUGGGCACCUUCUUCCAGAGAGGGCGACCGGCGAUGGCCUUAGCUUCCCAAGAAGGGGCUUGCAACGUCUACGUCUUGGAGGCCAACGCCUCAGACGCGUCCGGGCGACGGAAGCUGCAGCGCUUGGGCUGGGAACACUUCGACCUCAUCGUGGAUGAUGCCAACCACUGGCACAAGGUGCGGGCGCCUUUCUGGAUGCGGGCGCAAGGUGGAAGAGUGCGCGAGCAUGAGCUGUCGAGGACAGGAGUUCAGACUUUACCAAUGCUGCAAAUCUCGAGGGUUUGA